AUGUACCUUUCUCCUAUCUUUAUCAUUAGCUUCUUGCUGGCCAGUGCCGAAUUUGUCCUCGGCGGCAGCAGAUUCUUUGAAGCAAAAGCCCCAAACAAGCGGACGAAUCCUAGCCCAAACUAUGUGACCACGGAAACGCUCAACGCGACAUCGCAACUUGCCAGACGCGGUAUAUCGAUCAAAAACCUCCCGGGAGACGACGGAGCGCCACGCCUAUGGCCGAACAGGAAGAUCAGAUAUUGUUAUGACGAUAAAGAUCCUGACGCCGUAGUACGAGGACUCUGUCACCAAGCUAUCGAAGCAUGGGCUGUCCUCAGAGAUCAGCACGGUUUCUCUUAUGAGGAAGUUACAGACGCUGAAUGCGAAUCGCAGCGGAAGACCGUCCUGCGUAUCUACUACAAUUCCGAAGGCAGGCUCGCAUCGACGCUAGGCAUACCCCCAAUCAAUGAAGCAGCCAACAGAAAAGACCCUGAGAAUGCCAUCGAAGGGCCUCUUUCUCAUCUUUCCGAUAUGGAAGGUAUCGGCCAAGACGAUAUUACCGCCAACGUUGCUCAUGAGCUCGGUCACGUAUGGGGUCUUUACCAUGAGCAUCAAAAUCCUCACUACUGGAAAGUAACCUCUGGAGACGUUGGCUGGAGUUUCCCCACGAAAACUGAUGCCGAUGUCCGCUUCCAGACUAACAAGUUCAAUUGCCAGAACCUCAAAGACUAUGACGUAGCUCGUGCAAGGGUGCAGGAAAAAAUUGAUAAAAUGGUGGAGGAGAUUGCUAAGUUACAAGACCAGGAAAAGAUAAAGCAGAAGACAAAGGAGAAGGGCGACCUAGAGACCGAGCUUUCACGCCUUUGCGUCUCUCAGGUCGUUGCCGCCAAACACAGAUUCAGUGCUGCCGAGUGGAUCCCUCUGGCAAACACUGUCAACGUGGAAAUGGAUGACCAAUUCGACCCGGAUUCGCUCAUGAUGUACCCAUCCGGUGCAGGUGGCAAAGGUCUUUCCGACGACCGUCUUGUUGUCAUGAGCUACCAAGAUGGAAGCCCCAUUCCGAAUCGCCUGGCUCCCUCUGCAAUGGACUAUUCCCGGCUGAUCGCGCUUUAUGGCACGACGGCUGCCACGACGCCGGGUACGGUGCAUACCUCAAAGUCGAGUAAAUUGAGAAACCUCUUCAAAAGCAGCAGGAAUAAGAACAAACGUGCCGGUGACACUGCAGCUGGACUAUGCUGA